UUCGUUCAUUCGUUCGUUCGUUUUUCCCUUUUACCCCAUUCCAAUUUUUAUCGUCUCUUUUACCUACCAUUUCGAUCCGAUAGUGUAUGCGAACUGUACUUCGAGCGAAUGAUUCAAAAAGUGUGAAUUUGGGUGUUAGAGGAUUGAUAAAAAGAUAUCUUCGAAAUUGACCACGUGUCAACGAUUAUUCGUUACUCGUGUAUUUUUUUUUUAUUUUUCUCGUCGUCGUCGUUAUCGUUAUCGUUAUCGUUGUUGUUGUUGUUGUUGUUGUUGUUGUAAAUGUUCCUUCGUUCAGUUUUUUUUCCUCUUUUUGUUUUUGUAAAAAAGAAAGUGAAAGCCCAAUCUUCGAAAGCCCAAUACUUUUUACUUUUUUCCUCUCUUUCUUUGUGUCUCUUGCUCCUGACAUUCCAUAUUCCUCCCCUCCCCCUCCCUCCCUUCGCUUUUUCCUGUCCCGCGCGCUUCUCAUUUUUCGUGAAUCAGUACGUCGGAAAGAGUAGGAAAGUAGAAAACUUCUUGUGUAACUUGGUCAACAUAGGUACUCCUACCUUCUUCUGAAAAGUACUGAAUCAACAAGCUUUCGGCAUCAUCGUAAAGAUUCUCCUUAGUUCUUAACUGGAGAGAUUUGUUGAGGACGUCAAGGGAUAGGGUCAGUAGCGGGUAGACGUUUACUACAUUUUCAUCAUAUUUCUUUGUUUCUUCGUUCUUUUUUUUCCCCUCUUUUCUCUUUCCUUCUUUUUUUUUUCUUUUCUUUUCUUUUUUCUUUUUUCAUUGGAAACAAAAAGCCAAAUUGUUUUUGAAAUAUCCAAUGAUGAUCCACGUAAUGUUUGAUUAUUCGAAUUCAUUGAUCUUACAUAUCUAUUUCGAAGGAUUCGAAAUCAUUGUGAAUUCUCUCUCUCUCUCUCUCUUUUUCUCUUUGUCUGUCUCUCUUUAUCUCCUUUCUCUAAAUGAUUACGUUGAUAGUAAUUCUGCUAGUAACGAUUCCAAUCGUAAACCUACAAUCGUUCAUAUUUCAAAUCAACAGGCUGUAAUAAGUCCAACUGUUAUAUGUCCGAGCGUGUAAUUUGUUCGUUAUCAUCAUCCACUUGUUUCGGUAGAACGCAGAGGAGGAUAGGUUUGGGGGAGUUGGAUGGGGUGAAGUGGGAUGAGAACUGGUAGAGAGAGUAUGGAGGUGUUGUUGGCUAAUAUCGCAUCGUUGUGUGAACUCACCGGACAUAGAACACGAAUCCGGAUAUCGAAGGAUAAAGGAGAAAUUAAUGGAAGGUGUAUGGGGAUACACACGCACACGCACGAAACACACACACAUACGUAUACCGUCAUAGAGAAUUAAUUUCGCAAGUUUGGUGUGGAAGGUGUCCUCGCGAGUGUGCAAAAUUCCUUAUCGUAAAGAGAUAAGAGAUAUAUCGACGUUAAGUCUAAAGUGGGGGAAGAAAGAAAGAGGAGGAAAAAGGGAAAGAAGAAAGAAAAAAAAACGGAAAAAAAGAAAAAUAGAAGGAAAUUCUUUCGCACGGAGCCUCUACACGCGUGGGCCUUCUUUUUUUUUUUUUUUUCUUUUCCUCGAACGCGGGAGUAACGGAAUCGUGAAAUGUACCGGAAACGAUGGACCGUAAAAGCACUGCGAAUGGAUUUACAAUAUAACACCGUGGGUAAUGGUACGAGCGCGUCCCUCAGGAUGAUCUGCGUUUUCAUCUUUUGGAUGCUACUCUAUGAUAGCACAGCACAUGGUAUACGACGUUUAAAAGCGGACAUUUUUCAAGAAUGGCCGUCACCGGAGAAAGGACCAUACUUCGAUACUUCGGUGCCAUCAAAUAUGACCGGCUUAGUCGGGAAAACCAUUGAGUUGAUCUGUAAAGUGAAGAAUCUCGGAAACAGAACGGUGUCGUGGGUAAGGCAUCGAGAUAUUCAUUUGCUGACCGUGGGACGUUACACCUAUACUAGCGAUCAACGUUUCGAAGCAAUGCAUAUGCCACAUUCGGAAGAAUGGACAUUGCAAAUACGAUAUCCUCAGAAAAAGGAUUCCGGUGUAUACGAAUGUCAAAUCUCUACGACACCCCCUAUCGGACUUCCGGUUCAUCUUACAAUAGUUGAACCGGUCACCGAGAUAACAGGAGGUCCAGAUUUGUUUAUUAACAAAGAUAGUACGAUAAAUCUAACGUGUCUGGUAAGAUACGCACCAGAGCCACCGUCCACGAUAAUCUGGAGUCAUAAUCGACAGGCGAUUAACUUCGAUUCGCCGAGAGGCGGCAUUAGCCUGAUCACAGAAAAAGGACCCGUGACGUCGAGUCGUUUGCUCAUUCAGAAGGCCAUCCAGGAAGACUCGGGACUUUACACGUGUUCGCCCAACAAUACUCACUCCAACAGCGUACGAGUGCACAUAGUUAAUGAAGAACAUCCAGCGGCGAUGCAUCAUGGAAGCGGUGACAGAAUGGCCGCGACAUUUCUUCCGCUGAUUCUAUUUCUUCGGACGAUAUUCUAGCCGUCAUCGCGAGUGCUGCUCUUCCAAGACAAAACAAAGAAAAUAAUAACAUUGAACUUUGUCUAUGAUCUUGGACUAUGAAAGUUCGACGCUCGACGAUCGACGUACACUCAUAUACACAAAACACAUACAUAGACACGCACACAUAGACACAAACGUACAUAUACACGCAUAUACAUACAUAUAGAUAUAAACAUGGACACAUAUGUACGUACUUAUGUAUAUCGUUCGUCGAGAAAGAUUCAACGUAACGAUUUUCACGAUUAACGCGAUUUUCAAGGACGGCGGUAUCGUCGGCGAUGUAAUUGUAUAGAAAAUUUUUAUCAUCAAAAAUUAUAAUAAAAAGGCACGAUAUUCGAAACGAUAUAUGAAAAAA